AUGAAUUACGAGCGCAUGGCAGCCAAAAUCCCCGCCCUCUACCGGCUAUCCAGGGAGUCCAAAGAGGCCGACCUCCUCAACGGUCUUCUAGGCUGGAUCCGCAACGACACCUUUGGAAAAACGGCCGAAGUCUGUGCCCUCUGGGGUUCAAUCGUCGAGGCCAAUAAGCACCUUGCCAAAAUCGAUCGUACGCUGCAAACACGUAAGAUUGACCAUGAGCACUUCGAUCUCAAGGAAAUUCUGAAUUCGGAGUUGCAGCAGGCUAAGGAAAUGAUGGCUGCUAUUCCUGGUGGUAGACGUGCGACUACUAUCACUACUGAUGAGGACUUUUCUCUUGCUGUUAAGCGGUUGAAGUAUCUCCGUGAGUACAGAUAG